GGGAGCGGCACUCGCUCCGCUAGUUAAGUGCUCGUUGCGAGGGGUGGGUGCGACUCGGUACGUGUGUACGGGGGCGGGGGGGCCGCGCUCUCCCGGCGACUCGCUCCUUCUCCCGGCUCGUAGCCGUGCUGAGCCCAGGAAUGGGAGAGCCAGACCGUACCCGAGUUAUUUAUAGACUCGUGCCAGCUGUUUUUUGAUUCCGCUCGUGUGCGCUGUUGGGAAAUGCGUUUUGCCUCUCGUUCUUCCAGCCCUCUUCAUGUCUUUCUUGGGGAGCGGGUUUGGUCGCCCUCAGCCCCCUCUCAUCAAAUAUUGAUGCAUUUUUUUCCCCUCCAGGAGGGGGACGCUUUGGGAAUAAUCAUGCUUCACAGAGGACUGGCACCGACCUCCAGUUGCUCCAAACACCAUCUUCUCCACUAGGGCUCCGGGAAAAGAGUCAUGAUAAGAAUCUAUUUCUUCUUUUUUUUUAAUAUAUAGAUACAUACAGAAAUAGGCACGAGGAAUGCUUGCUGGGGAGCCUGCAUUUUACGAUCCUUGCCGCACUCUCUGAAGCGAAGCUCUUCUCCUUUUCCAUUUGCACCGCUCGAAGACACGAGAUUUCCAGAUUUUUUUUUUUACUGCCAAAUAGGAUUUUUUUUCCUUUGUCUUUCCACCUGCUUGUCCCCCGACCCUUAUUCUUCUUAUGUGGAUAUGCAAGCAAGAAGAGGAGACUGGAUAUUCCCAACAUGCUCACUCCCUUAAUCUGUCCAUCUAGAGGUUCUGCUUCUACAAACCAAGGGAGUGUAAGAGCUGAAGAUGAGGCCGAGGGCAGAGUGCUAUUCUCCACAGUUUUGGCUGGUGUUGGCAGUCCUAGCAACGACGGGUGGUGGGGCCCGUGCCCAGAAGAGCCACCCCAGCAUUGGUGUUGCUGUCAUUCUCGUGGGUACCUCAGACGAAGUGGCCAUCAAGGAUGCCCACGAGAAAGAUGACUUCCAUCACCUGUCAGUGGUGCCCCGGGUCGAACUGGUGGCCAUGAAUGAGACAGACCCCAAAAGCAUCAUCACUCGCAUCUGUGACCUCAUGUCAGACCGGAAGAUUCAAGGUGUGGUGUUUGCUGAUGACACAGACCAGGAAGCCAUUGCCCAGAUCCUGGACUUCAUUUCUGCCCAGACACUCACACCCAUCCUGGGCAUCCAUGGAGGCUCCUCCAUGAUAAUGGCAGACAAGGAUGAGUCAUCCAUGUUCUUCCAGUUUGGCCCAUCAAUAGAACAGCAAGCCUCUGUCAUGCUCAACAUUAUGGAAGAAUAUGACUGGUAUAUCUUCUCCAUUGUCACCACCUACUUCCCUGGCUACCAGGACUUUGUCAACAAGAUUCGCAGCACCAUUGAGCACAGCUUUGUGGGCUGGGAGCUGGAGGAGGUCCUCCUGCUGGAUAUGUCCCUAGAUGAUGGGGACUCAAAGAUCCAAAACCAGCUCAAGAAGCUACAGAGUCCUGUUAUCCUCCUCUACUGCACCAAGGAAGAGGCAACUUAUAUCUUUGAGGUAGCCAACUCUGUGGGUCUGACAGGCUAUGGUUACACAUGGAUCGUGCCCAGCCUGGUGGCAGGCGAUACAGACACAGUGCCAUCUGAGUUCCCCACUGGGCUCAUCUCUGUCUCGUAUGAUGAGUGGGACUAUGGUCUUCCUGCCAGGGUGAGGGAUGGGAUAGCCAUAAUCACCACGGCUGCCUCUGACAUGCUGUCUGAACACAGCUUCAUCCCUGAGCCCAAGAGCAGCUGUUAUAACACCCAGGAAAAAAGGAUAUACCAGUCCAACAUGCUCAACAGGUACCUGAUUAAUGUCACCUUUGAAGGGAGGAACUUGUCCUUCAGUGAGGACGGCUACCAGAUGCAUCCCAAGUUGGUCAUCAUUCUUCUGACCAAGGAGAGGAAGUGGGAGAGGGUGGGGAAAUGGAAGGAUAAAAACCUACAGAUGAAGUAUUAUGUGUGGCCCCGCUUUGAGCUGUACCCUGACUCUGAGGAGCGGGAGGAUGAUCAUCUGAGUAUUGUGACCCUAGAGGAGGCACCAUUCGUCAUUGUGGAGAAUGUGGACCCGCUAAGUGGCACCUGUAUGAGGAACACAGUCCCCUGCCAAAAACGCGUCGUGUCUGAAAACAAAACAGACGAAGAGCCAGAUUACAUGAAGAAAUGCUGCAAGGGGUUUUGCAUUGACAUCCUGAAGAAAAUCUCCAAGUCUGUCAAGUUCACUUAUGAUCUCUACCUGGUGACUAAUGGCAAGCAUGGGAAGAAGAUCAAUGGGACGUGGAAUGGAAUGCUUGGAAGCAUCUCUAACUGCUUUUCUUUUCCCUUGUGUCAGGUGGUCACGAAGCGUGCCUACAUGGCGGUGGGUUCCCUCACCAUAAAUGAGGAGCGGUCAGAAGUAGUGGACUUCUCCGUGCCCUUCAUUGAGACAGGAAUCAGCGUCAUGGUGUCACGUAGCAAUGGAACUGUCUCACCUUCUGCCUUUCUAGAGCCAUUCAGUGCUGAUGUGUGGGUGAUGAUGUUUGUGAUGCUGCUCAUAAUCUCUGCAGUGGCUGUUUUUGUUUUUGAGUACUUCAGCCCCGUGGGUUACAAUCGGUGCCUUGCUGAUGGCAGAGAGCCCGGUGGUCCCUCUUUCACCAUUGGCAAAGCUAUCUGGUUGCUGUGGGGUCUGGUGUUCAACAACUCUGUGCCUGUGCAGAAUCCCAAAGGUACCACUAGCAAGAUCAUGGUGUCUGUGUGGGCCUUUUUUGCUGUCAUCUUCCUGGCCAGCUACACUGCCAACCUGGCUGCCUUCAUGAUCCAAGAGGAAUAUGUGGAUCAGGUGUCUGGCUUGAGCGACAAAAAGUUCCAGAAACCUAAUGACUUCUCACCCCCUUUCCGCUUUGGGACAGUUCCCAAUGGCAGCACAGAAAGGAACAUUCGCAACAACUACCCUGAAAUGCAUAGCUACAUGGUGAAGUUCAAUCAGAGGGGGGUAGGGGAUGCACUGUUAUCACUGAAAACUGGGAAGUUGGAUGCCUUCAUUUAUGACGCAGCAGUGCUAAACUACAUGGCUGGCAGAGACGAGGGCUGUAAACUGGUAACAAUUGGAAGUGGGAAGGUGUUUGCCUCCACAGGCUAUGGCAUUGCCAUCCAAAAGGACUCUGGCUGGAAGCGGCAGGUUGACCUUGCCAUCCUUCAGCUUUUUGGUGAUGGAGAAAUGGAGGAGUUGGAAGCUCUUUGGCUCACUGGCAUUUGUCAUAAUGAAAAGAAUGAGGUAAUGAGCAGCCAACUGGACAUAGACAAUAUGGCAGGGGUCUUCUACAUGCUGGGAGCAGCCAUGGCUCUCAGCCUCAUCACCUUCAUCUGUGAGCAUCUCUUCUACUGGCAAUUCCGUCACUGCUUCAUGGGUGUCUGCUCUGGCAAGCCUGGUAUGGUCUUCUCUAUCAGCAGGGGUAUCUACAGCUGCAUUCAUGGUGUAGCCAUUGAGGAACGUCAGUCAGCAAUGAACUCUCCCACAGCAACUAUGAACAAUACCCAUUCCAACAUCUUGCGCCUACUCCGCACGGCAAAGAAUAUGGCCAAUUUGUCAGGGGUCAAUGGCUCACCGCAGAGUGCCCUGGACUUUAUCCGCCGUGAAUCAUCAGUCUAUGACAUCUCUGAGCACCGCCGCAGCUUCACUCAUUCUGAUUGCAAGUCUUAUAACAACCCUCCUUGUGAGGAGAACCUUUUCAGUGACUACAUUAGUGAGGUAGAAAGGACCUUUGGCAACUUGCAACUGAAAGAUAGUAAUGUGUAUCAGGACCACUACCACCAUCACCACCGGCCCCACAGUAUUGGCAGUGCCAGUUCCAUUGAUGGACUGUAUGACUGUGACAACCCACCCUUCAGUGCCCAGCCAAGGUCCAUCAGUAAGAAGCCAUUGGACCUUGGUUUGCCAUCUUCCAAGCACAGUCAGCUAGGUGAUCUCUAUGGCAAGUUCUCCUUCAAGAGCGAUCGGUACAGUGGUGGAGGGGGCCAUGAUGACUUGAUCCGCUCAGAUGUCUCUGACAUUUCCACCCACACAGUGACUUAUGGCAACAUUGAAGGUAAUGCUGCCAAGCGGCGGAAGCAGCAGUAUAAGGACAGCCUGAAGAAACGUCCAGCCUCAGCUAAGUCACGGCGGGAAUUUGAUGAGAUUGAACUAGCCUACCGCCGACGCCCACCCCGUUCCCCCGAUCACAAGCGCUACUUCAGGGACAAGGAAGGGCUACGAGACUUCUACCUGGACCAGUUCCGGGCCAAGGAGAACUCGCCGCAUUGGGAGCAUGUGGACCUGACAGAUAUCUACAAAGAGCGGGGAGAUGAGUUCAAGCGUGAUGCUGUAGGGGGAGGAGUAUCCUGCACCAACAGGGCCCACCACAAGCAUGGAUCAGGGGAGUUUGGAAGCGCCAAUGAGCACAAGCAUGGUGUUGUGAGUGGGGUACCGGCACCAUGGGAGAAGAAUCUGACCAACCUAGACUGGGAGGACCGGACUGGGGCUAAUUUCUGCCGUAGCUGCCCCUCUAAGCUGCACAAUUAUACUCCAACAGUGGUGGGACAGAACUCCACCCGCCAGCCAUGCAUCCGGUGUGAGGCGUGUAAGAAAGCAGGCAACCUCUAUGACAUCAGUGAGGAUAACUCCCUUCAAGAGCUGGACCAACCACCUGCCCCUGUGCCAGUGCCAACCAGCGCCGCCUCCUCCUCCAAGUAUCCUCAGAGCCCUUCCAACUCUGCCUCCAAGGUGCAGAAGAAGAACCGCAACAAGCUUCGCCGGCAGCAUUCCUAUGACACCUUCGUAGACCUGCAGAAGGAAGAAUCAGCCCUGGCCCCCCGCAGUGUAAGCCUGAAGGACAAGGGCCGCUUUUUGGAGGGGAGUCCCUAUGCCCAUAUGUUUGAGAUGCCAGCCAACGAGACCACCUUUGCCAACAACAAGUCCUCAGUGCCCGCCACCAGCUACCACCACCACAACAACCCCGGCGGCAGUGGCUACAUGCUCAGCAAGUCGCUCUAUCCCGACCGGGUCACGCAAAACCCUUUCAUUCCAACUUUUGGGGAUGACCAAUGCUUGCUCCACGGCAGCAAAUCUUAUUUCUUCAGGCAGCCUGUGGUGGCAGGGGGGCCCAAAGCCAGGCCGGACUUCCGAGCCAUCGUCACCACCAACAAGCCGGUGGUAUCAGCCCUUCAUGGGGCUGUGCCAGCCCGUUUCCAGAAGGACAUCUGUAUAGGGAACCAGUCCAACCCCUGUGUGCCUAACAACAAAAACCCCAGGGCUUUCAAUGGCUCCAGCAACGGGCAUGUUUAUGAGAAACUCUCCAGUAUUGAGUCUGAUGUCUGAG